CGUCAAUGGUGCAUCCAGAGUCGCUGGCGUGUGACGUCACAUCAGAGCGACGGUGAAAUUUACAGACAUCGCCAUGGCCGAAGCCGAGUCAGAAAAGGUGAUCAAGUUGGUUCCUGAGUAUCUCCUGAAAAAGAGGAAAGCUUACCAGGCCAUUAAAGCCACACAGGCCAAGCUCGCACUUCUUGAGAAGAGAAAGGUCUCUAAAGGAAAACCAUUAAAGUUCAAGCGUUUGGAAGAUUUCCUGAAAGACAGUCACAGGAAGCAUCGAGAUGAAACUCGAAUCAGGAGAGCUGAGCACCGACCGCCUGCCCCUCUUCCUCCUGCUAAGAACAAACUGGCCUUCGCUGUUCGUAUCAGAGAGAUUAAAGGGGUCAGUCCCAAAGUAAUGAAGGUGGUCCAGAUGUUGAGGCUGAGGAAGAUUUUCAGUGGUUCCUUUGUCAAGAUCAACAAGACGUCUGUAGCCAUGAUGAAGAUUCUGGAGCCGUACGUGGCCUGGGGAUUUCCAAACUUGAAGUCAGUCCGUGAGCUCAUUCUGAAGAGAGGACAGACCCGAGUAGGCCAGAGGAGAGUUCCUCUCACAGACAACACCUUCAUCGAGGAGCACAUGGGUAAACACGGCAUCAUCUGUUUAGAGGACCUGAUUCACGAGAUCUACUCUGUCGGAAAGAGCUUCCGCGCUGCCAACAACUUCCUGUUGCCCUUUAAGCUGUCAGUAGCUCGCCAUGCUGCCAGGGAUAAGGCUGGGCUCCUGAAGGACUUGGGAAAUCCUGGGUUUCGUGGUGCUGACAUUAACUCUAUCAUCAGACAGCUGAACUGAGAGGACACGGAUCCAAAAUGGACUGUUAGCAGAAACUUCAAGGAUGCUUUGGUUGUGACGAGCAAGCGCCAACCUUGAAAUGUGUCUCUCACUCCCUUUGGAGUUAUUCAUCAUAAAAAGCCCCUGGACAGGGACCAAUGGAGGCGUUUGUGGUGUAUGGUAAAAUAUAUAAAUGUUUCAGUUGCUAUUGAAAUGUUAAAUACUUCCUGCUGUUCUUUAGUUGCUCCAUAUGACAUCUAAAAGGUGCAAUUUAACAUUUGAAAGAACAGGGAAUUCAAGCGAUUGUUCUUUGUCACGCAGGAGCCUCAGCAGAUUUAUGACUGCAGUCAGCAGAUUCUCUGUGAACAUGUUGUGACCCGUUUUAAAAAAUCCAAUCUUGUGAAAAGAUCACUGAAGGACGGAUGUAGGAAGCUCUUUCAUACAAACGAAGGAACCAUGUCAGUUUUUCUUUCAUUUUGGAUAUGAUAGUACAUUCAUUUGAGUAAUUUCAACACAAUCCAACCCAAAACAUGUUAAAAAAUAAACAUACACUGUCCGGAUCGUUCAUGUUGCUCUCAGACUCUCAUGGUGGAAUAGUUAUUUGCUUUCAUUCACACCUGGAGUGUUGGAUUUAUUCAUGACAGUCAGGGCUCCCCGUCUGGCUCAAACAGUCUGGCAAUAACCCCUUCAUCUUUGUUUUUCCUUUUUUAAAUAAACUCAAAUAACAGCUCUGGAAGAUGUAUAAUAAAAAUCUUGUUUUGC